UUUAGACAUUUCAAAGCCAGCGUAACUGCUGAAAGAGAUCCCGGGCAUCUUGAGAACUGGGGGCAGCACAGGAGUCACUGGGACAAAUUCUCCAUCUUGGGAUUCUUGCAUGGUGCAGAAGAGGCUGAACCAGAACUGCAUCUCUCAUGUCUUCGUCCUAGCCUUUCUAGUCUCCUCCUAGGGUGGUUCUUCUAUUGCAGCCAGCAGAGUGGGGGUUAUCAAGACUUGUGACCCCCACAGUCUCCUGUGGACCCUGCAGGGCCAAUGCAAGAGGAAACAUGUCUGGCAGCACAGCAAGGAAGAUCCAACCGUUCACCAUUAGCACCAAGCUUUCUCUUCCAAAGUGUUCUCCAGACUUUCCAGGAGACAGCUGUCCUGGCAUUCCUAUAGCUGCUUUGGACAACCAUGUCUUGCACCAGAAUCUCAAUGAGCGUGUUUCUCUCUAUCUGGCUCAAGCUCAGACUUCCCCAGUGCCCACUGGAGGUAGGUUUGACAGCAGCAGCCCAGCUGAGGAGGUGGUCACCAAUGAAGAUCGUGUCAAUCGCAACUCACUGUCCCGCUCCAUCAAGAAGAUCACCCUGUCCAGCUGGCACAGGGAGCCUCCUUCAGGCAAGGAAGGGGUGCUUGAGGGCCCUGCCCAUACCAGCUGUGAGCGAAACUGCAACAACAACAACUGCAGAACAGGAAAAACACAAUUCAAGGUCUUCCUCAGAAAAGAUGUGGAAAUAGAGGAAGAAAAGCAAGAAGCAAGGGGACGUCAGGCUGGUGGCAAUCAUUCUUCAGUUGGCAGAGUUGCUCCUCUCCACAUGAUUGCAGGAUGUGCUGCUGCAACUCCCUGGAAGGAGAAUGUCAAGAACACACAGACUGGCAGGGUAGCAGGGCUGAAGUCUGGGAUCAGCCCAGAGCUGGCAAACCUUUCCAAAUGGAGCCCCCUCCUAGCGCGGUUCAACUGUGAUGUAGUUCAGGCUGAGCAGUGGGUGCGAGCAAAACUCCGGGACCUGAAGGAUGGUUGCAGUAUUCAGGAAUGGGAGCAGUUGACUCAAACAUUACAGAGAGACAUGAAGGACUUUGAGAACACCAUGAUCAAACUGAACCAGAUGGGUGAGCAACUGAUGAUCCAGCCAAAUCCCAGUGCAGACACAGUGAGGCGACAACUGCAGACCUUGAGAGAGCAAUGGCAUCUCCUGAAGCAGACUGCAACAAACCAGAGCAAAGCAGUGGGUGGACUCAGGAACCUACAAGAGUUCAACCAGAAAGCAGAACGACUAGAAGCUUGGAUCAGGCAGAAGGAAGAUAAACCUUUGCUGACUGCUCUGCUUCAAGAAAAUGCAGACAAGAUUCAGCUUACCCGUCGCAUCCUUGACUUAAAACAGGAGGAGCAGCAAUUCCAGGUCCUUUAUGAAGAAAUGAACAGUCUGGCCCACAAACUUGAAAAACAGGGGAAGAGUGAGAGCAGAAACAUCAUGGCUCGGCGCAAACACCUCAAUAAAAUGUGGUUGCGACUCCAGGGGACACUGAAGGAACAUCAUGAAACCCUGCAACUGGCUCUAGAGGCAGCUGCCUUUCUCCAGCAAGCAGAUCUGCUCCUUGGAGCCAUCCAUGCAAAGUGGAGAAGUCUCUGUGGAGUGGGGAAACAGAGGAACCCUGAGCCCAGCCUGGACCUAGAUGUGAGGGAUAUUGCCAGCCAGGUCAUGAUGCUGGAUGUGACUGUGUCCCAGCUCACUAGCCUCCAUCCCAGCCUGUUAGCACGAGUCUCUCUCAAGCAUCAAGAUGUCAAGGAUAGCUGGGCACAGCUCCAACAGCUGCUGAGGAGUGAGAAGCCCCCACUGUUGGCUUUGACAAGGAGAUCAAUUGAUUCCCCAAGUCCUGAGCAGGCACAGUCUACUGCUACAAACAAUGCAGGGAGAGAGGCUGGAGAAAAACCAGAGAGAGGCCCCGGAGUGGGGGUGCAGAAGGACGUUCUAGGAAGUGUGGCGGAGUGUGUGAGAGGCCAGGAGGUCAGCCCAGGAUCACCAGGAAGGGAGGCCAUCCCCAGCGAUAACAAGAGUAGGAAGAGGAAGCUCCUUAGACAGUCAAACAUUUUGAAGGACCUGCCCCAGCAGGAGGCACACCUUCAGGACUUCUGCCCAGCUGCUGAUGGGGAACUGCAGCAGUUGCUGCAUACUGGCCAUACGUGGAGUCCACAAAUGGAAGAUGCCCUUGAAGAGCUGGAGAACCUAUGGGCAGAGUUGAAAAGGAGGCACCAAGAGAAUGGUGUGGCUCUGAGAGAGAUUGAUACAGCUCUGCGGUUGGUUGGGGAGCUGGAAGAGGCUGAGUGUUGGCUAGGAACUGUGACAGACUUGCUUUCUGAGCCGACAGCAAUGAAGAACCUUGAUGAUCUCCAUGAGGAUUUACAAAAGAUUAACAGCCUGGAGAACCAGGGUGUGGUAUGGAGCAUUAAGCUUCGAGCCUUGCAAGAGGAAGUGCAAAUGGAGCCUUCCCCAGAACACACAGCAGCUGCAAUGAUUCAGAGAAAGAUGGAAAGAGUGGAGGAAAAACCACCUUCCUUUCAAAAAGGGUUCCCAUCUAGACACGGAUCAGACUUAGACCUGCUAAGCUCAGCAAGGUUAGCCUAUAUGCAGGAGGCUCUCCAGCGCCGGGCAUCUGAUUUGAACGAUUCCUUGGUUUUAACUGAAUUUUUGCAGAAUGUGCAACUGGAAGAGAUGCUAAAUCAGAAGAACCACACUCAGGCAGUGGCUAAUCAGGUAGGUUCCCAAGAUUCUUUGCGCCUUCUCCUAGCUCAGAGUGCACAACAGCUGAGCAGUGAGGAUAUGCACAAGCCACUAGAGGAACUUCAAGAGGCAGUGGAGAUGCUGAACAAUGUGGUGAAGGAACGGGAACGAAUCAUGGAGGCAGCAACCGAGACGGAGCAUUUUGUACAGGCUUUGAGUGAAGGCGAGGACACUAAGCUGGCCUGGGUCACCUCACAGAUGGAGACUGUGAGGGGCAGAGCAGAGGCCCUUGCUCAGGACAUCACCCAGGCAGAGAGGAGCUUUGUCAUAGUAAAGAGGGAGCUGGAUCUGCUGGAACUGCAUGACCUGCUGAGAAGGCAGCAAGAAGUAGAGAGUGAUAUGUCUGGCCUGGAAGGGGAAAUGGAGAAGCUGGAGAAAGCAGCCUCUGAGCUGGAGGAGCACUACCUGACUCCGAUGCACGAUGAAUCCAGGGGCACCCAAGAGAUACUGGAGGCUUGGAAAGAGCUGCAAAAGCUGGUGUGGAGCAAUGCAGUCCAUGGACAGCAGGCUGUUCGGUUGCGGCGAUUCUUCAGAGAUUACUUAGCUAUUAUCUCCUGGACAGAAGAUACUCGGGCUCAGAUCUUUUCAGAGAAUCUGAACACUCAUGGUCUCUCAAAGGCUCAAUGGGAGGAGUUGGAGAGCAAUAUUGAGACUAAGUUCAAGGAGUUUGAGGAGUUGGCAGCAACAGGAUGGGAGCUGGUGACCGAGGAGCACUAUUUGAGCGAGACGGUAAAGGAACGAAUGGAGGAGUUGCAGAGCAUGCUGGGAUGGGUGAUGGUGCACUGGCAGGCACAGAGUUCCCAGAAGGAUCCCGGCAUCAAGAAUGAUGAUGAGGAGACUCAGGACAGCACCCUUUGCAUGCCCCUGAACUGCCAAACUGAAGUAGUGCCUGAAGUAGAUACGGUCCUGAGCCCCACGCUCUCUGAAGAGCUUCCACUCACCCCACGUUCCUUCCAGAAUGGUUCAGUAAUACAUCAUCAUGGGCAAAAAGGUGAAUCUGUUUCCACGACAGUGCUGUCUAUCCCAGAUGUGUCUCCAGUGCACAGACAGAGCUUGGAAGAAGCAGAAAAUGGCAUGCCCUCUGAGAUGGACCGCCCCAAAGAGACUUUGGUCCUAGAACCUUCAGAGACCCCAGUGCUGCUUGUGCCACAGCCAGGUCCUGGCAGCGUGGGUGGAACAGUGAACCUAAUUUUGAGUAUUGGCAAGAAGGGGGAGAAAAAGUCUACUGCUUGCCAGACUGGAGCAUCAUCACCAAUGGGAGAGGAAACCCUGCACAAGCUCUCUGAAACUAAAUCCUCAGCCUGUAAAACCUUUUGGAAACAUUGCCGGGGUUUUUUAGGAAAUACAUUGGGUAGUUUAAAGAGAAAGAAAAAGCCACCCCACCAGCAUGUGGAAGAGGUGAGCACCUAUUUACAUGUGAAGGAGAAGGAUGGAGAGAGAGGCACAGCCCAUAGAAGCUCAACCAUGCCACAAUUUGCUACUCAAAUGCCCACCAGAGAUAACCCUUCCCCACUUCUCAGUCUAGGAAGGGGCACCACUGUCUUCCAUACCUUGCCCAAGAUCAGCUCUAGCUGCUUCUUGCAGAGCCUGAGGAGAAAAGUGAAAGCAGAGGAUGCUCAGCUGCUCGCCUUGCAAGGUAUCAUGGGAACAGAGCCCAGUGAUCAGCAGUCUGUGCCAGGAGAGAGAAACACCACUAGUAGCACCUGGCCCCCUAAGUGCAGCAGGAGGGCAUCAACCUUGAAGGCAGUGUGCCCACCGUGCAAAGAACCAAUAGACUAUGUGAAGAACCCAUUGGCACAGGCCAUCGAUGCUGAAUGUGACUCAGUUGGAGAAGCACCUGGACAGAGUAGAAAUCACAGCAGUCUCCAGUCACCCACCGAGAGGACAUGCCAGCGUCUUUCUCUGGGUUCUGUCCUGAGUCUGGAACUCCCCAAAGACCCAACUUUCCUUAGGAAUAUCCAUGAUAGUAUCAGGGUAGCAAAGGAGGGAGCAGCAGAAAGGAAGCAAGCAAGCCAGUCCUGUGGAGUGGCUGAGGGGAGCACAGCUGGAGCAAAGGCAGAGGAGAAUGGAACCAGGUUGCCAGGGAGAGCAUUUGGAGGUGACCUAGCAAUAUGCCCAAGAACCAUCAGGCUUAGGGAUGAUCACUGUAAGUUUCCUAAGAGUGAGGGAGGCACAUGGUUUGAAGAGGUGAGCGCCAACCCAAGCUACAACAGGCAGAAAGCUUAUAGUGUCACUCCUUGUGGGGAAGACAAGUGGAGUCCCAAGAGCCAGGGCAACUCCAGUGAUGACCUCCUGGACUUCAGGCAGAACCGGCUAUCCCGUAUCAGCCUGCUGCAUGAGCAGAUAGGCCUGGAAUGGGAUAAACUAGCUGCCACUUUGGGUACAAUGAGCAGCACCAAUGUGGUGGUGGAAGAGAGAGAGCCAGAUGGCCACAAAGUUAAAGUCAGAGAAGCAUCUAGGGUGAAGCUCAAGUCCUCUCCUGCUAAAUCCACCAGCAGCACUGAUGCAGCUUCUGCCACCCUCAAAAUCAAGCACCCUGCUGUGAACGAGACACCAAAGAAGGGAAGUGCCCAGAGUGGGCUGGAACGUUCUGAGGAAAGCUUUGUAAGAGUCCCUCCUUCACUAGUCCAGUUUGGAUUCCAAUCCCCCACCAAGCUCGCUGUGUUGGAGUGUAAACUAGGCCACCAGGAAGGCAUCCCAGCAUCUUCAGGGCUAGGCCUGGUUCCAGGAGAUCAUGCGACUGAAGGACCAGUGUUGCCAGACAUGGCAGGGGUUUGUCACCCUGCUCAUGAGCUGUUUGAAGAAGAGGAAGAGGAGCUGCAGGCCAUAUGGAGUAAUGUGGAGAAGCAUAAAACAAGCACAGUUGCCCAUGGUGGCCCAGGGAGAAAAGUGGAUAAGAAGCAGAGUCCUGACAUCCCUGGUGGAAAACUCAUCCUGACAGCAGCAGAUAAUGUGCUGGUGGCCAAGUUCAAGCUUCCCAGCUCUGCCCAACUGCUUCAGGGCUCUGAUGUGGAAAGAGGGACCCGCAAUGUGCUUGGAUGGAAGAACAGUCCAUGUCAAGAGAUUUCUGAGGGAAGAGAUGCUACACCCCUGGGGUCAAUGCAGGGCACUUUCCCAAUGGACCAACAGAAGCUCCAAGAGGAGGGCAGAGGUGUCAGCAAGGUUCUUCGCAGUAAACUAGAACUUCAGAUGAUGGAAGGAAGUCUGGAACGGAAGCAUCUGUUGCAGGCAGGGGGCAAAAAGGCAAAUUGUCGUUCCUGGAACACAUUCCAUACUGUGCUGAUGAGGCAAACUUUGUGUUUCUACCAGGACAAGAAAGACACUCUCAAGCAGAGUUCUAUGGUGGCUUUGCCGCUGAAUCUAUCUGGAGCCGUCUGCACCCUGGAAACUGAGUAUACCAAAAAGACCAACUGUUUCACACUGCAGUUGAAGGAUGGCUCGAAGUACCUUCUUAGAGCUCCAGCUGAGCCACUCAUGAAGGAGUGGAUUAUGAAACUGCAGCAGAACUCUGGGUUACCUGAAGUGGAUUAUUUCCAGUCAGCUUCCCAAACUGCUCAAGGGACAACCUCUUUUGUUAGUAUGAAUUCUGGGCAUGGGGUUCCCCACUUCCUGGGCCUUCAUCACCCCCUUACAGCCAGGAGCCAAGAGGCCAUGCUCCUGCCCAGGUCAAGUGUCAGGCUGCAUUUGCCAUAUGAUACACUGGAUUCAGCAGACUCAAAGGCAGAAAAUGGCCAUAGACCUGCUGCAGUUUAUACAACAGAGCACGGUCUGAGGCAGUGCACACCUACAGAAUCUUCAAAGUCACAAGAUCCUUAUUUUUCUCAGGAAGACGAUUGUGGGCUAGUGACAAGCAAGAGGAGGUCAUAUUCCUUUACUUCAGCUACAUACCAGAAGAUUACACCAUUGUCUGUGUCCAAAGAACCCCUGGGGGUUGGCAACAGCUACUCAGUCACACUCUACAUUGGAGAGCAGGCACCUGUCACUCCCAGGCCUCGCUGCCACUCCUUUAUGGCUACCCCAGGCCCUGCCCAAGAGACCUUAGGUGAGAGAAGCCAAGGAGCCUCGCCUCGCCAGAAGAACAAAUCCGUCUUCAGGAAGUUCUUUGGAAAGAAAGACUGACAUGCCUGCUUGUUUCCUUCAGCCAGGAACCGGGGUGUGUGGCUAUACGCAGGGGCUGAGCCGUCUUUGCACUGGGUCUGAUUGCUACUAGUGGGCGCUCUUGUGUCGCACCAGCCCAUAGAGACUGCCUUCUCUUGAGAGGGCAGGAAGAGAGAUGCAGGAGGGAUAGGUUCUGCUCGGUAAAACAGACCCUCAGUCUUCAGGCCCGCACUGCCCCUAUUCAACCCUAAUAGGAGCAGGUACCUUAGAGAACACCAGGCUGAGGCAGACCAGUUAAGGGGCUUGAAGAUCCCCUGGUCCAGCUGCAGCAGUGGGGUGCAUGACCACUACCUUGGGACCAUUCUCUUUGUGUGUGCUGUGCACAGUCUUUGUUUGACAUAAUGGAGGGAAUCCGGGAGAACAUUCCCCCAGGCACAUAAUGGACUCACACUAUGUUUGUAUCCAAACAGUGGGUUGGGAAAGACACAUUGCUUUACUGUCUAACAGAUUUUUGUAUGGUUGAUGAUGGGAUCAAAAAAGAAAGCUUCCUUAGAUCCAGUGAUCCUGGCAAUGGAGUUUUUUUGCAAGCAAAGGGUUGCCACUUUUUAACUUCCUCUUGCUUCUGUGCCUUUAAUGGUAUCCUGAUCUGCAUAUAUUUGAAAGUGAUAUUUACCCCAUUUACCUGAAUCCAAGACUAGGUUGUUUUCCAAGUUCUUUGAUGUUACAAAUCAGGGUUCGUCUUAAAUUCAGAGUCCUCCCUUUUGGGUAAAUACAGGUAUAACCGGUAGUGUUGUGCAGGGACGCAUUCCCAGUGCUUUUUUAACUCCAGGGUCUCAGCAGGAAUGCACAGCCCUUUGCUCUCCAAAUUGAAAUAAUAUACUGCACUUGCUAUUCCAACAUUUUUGUCACAUAACCGAAUGUAUAAUUGAAUAUUGGACUACAAUUGAUUUUAUUUCCAUUCUUCCUGUCUGCUUUUACAAGGAGUAUCCUGUACCCUUGGUGGUUGACAAUCCAGACUGCUUUUCUGAGUGAAUAACCACAUGAGGUUCAAGCUCUGUAGAGUUAGAAAACUAUCCUUUACUUCUUGUAACAGAACCCUGCAAAUUAUUGCAUCUGUCUUAAGUGUGGGGGUGCGGGGUGGAAAUGGCGAGUGCCUGCACUUCUGAAUGUGCAACUACACCACUGAGUAUAACCUGUAUUUUACCUGUGUUUUUAAAGGGAGGUUGUCUUAAAUUCAAAGUCAUCUGUUUGGAUAAAUAUGGUUUCUCUAUGCUAUGAAAA